CAACCCCUCUCUCAGCAUUUCCCGCUUUCCAGAAGUAAAAUAUAUGAGCUAAAUGCAAAUUGUAUGAAGAUGGAAGUACGGUAGCUGCGCGGGUAUUAUCCUCUAUCGACGGAGAGAAACUACCUCAUACUCAUCGACGGAGAUCACAUCUCAAUUUUAUUUAUUUGCUUAAUAGCUUCUGAUAUGAAAGCAUAAUACAGCAAAGCGAUAGCAGGAUUUAUCUAUCCAGAAGAAUGGCAAUUGGUGCCGUCGUUUCCCACCGCAAUUUCGGCUCCUUUAUCAGUUCCGGACGACUACAUCAUGGAGAAACAGCCACAUAUCACCAACCAGGUCAGCACUUGAGUGUUGCUGCAGCAAAGUAUAAAUGUACCGUGAUUGGUAGCAAGCUAAAUCUUCCACAUACAACCUAUACAUGUUCUCGUGGGUAUAGCUCAUCACUUCAUGCUAGAGAUCAAUCGAACUCAGAAUUUCACCAAUUAAAUUAUGCGUCACAUUUUAGAGUAGAUCCACCUCUCUUAACGUCCCACCAACUGAGCCGAAAGUUUAGAGUGAUCAAUGCAAGGAGACGAGUUGGAGGACUAUGUCAGUGCCACCUUUCUUCAGCCUACUCUGAUGGCAAUCUGAUUCCAGCAAGGAAGUUUGGUAACCGUAGCUUUCUUGAUGGCCAAAACCCUAUGUCAAAGUAUCCUACAGUGGCUAGGACUACAGCUGACUUCACAUCCGAAGAGUAUGAUAUAACUGGAACUAAUUUGGAUUCCAUCUUGUCACCUGAUGGAGCAAGUGAAGCAGUUUUGGUUACGGAAGUUGGGCAAGUAGUACCUUGGUGGAAGCAGUUACCAAAGCGAUGGGUGAUGGUGCUCCUAUGUUUUACUGCAUUUCUGCUGUGCAACAUGGACCGCGUGAACAUGAGCAUAGCAAUACUCCCAAUGUCCAAGGAAUACAACUGGAGCAGUGCCACUGUUGGUCUUAUUCAGUCUUCUUUUUUCUGGGGUUAUCUGCUUACACAGAUUCUUGGAGGUAUAUGGGCUGAUAAAAUAGGUGGAAAGCUAGUGCUUGGUUUUGGAGUGAUUUGGUGGUCUAUUGCAACAGUUUUGACUCCUAUUGCUGCAAGAGUCGGGCUCCCGUGCUUACUAGUUAUGCGCGCCUUCAUGGGAAUUGGCGAGGGUGUUGCCAUGCCUGCUAUGAAUAAUUUGUUGUCGAAAUGGAUUCCUGUCUCUGAGAGAAGCAGGUCUCUUGCGCUAGUAUACAGCGGCAUGUAUCUUGGAUCAGUUACAGGUUUAGCUGUUUCGCCUGUAAUGAUCCACAAGUAUGGGUGGCCAUCUAUAUUCUAUGCAUUUGGAUCCCUUGGGAUUAUCUGGUUUGCACUUUGGUGGAACAAAGCACACAGCUCACCAGAAGAUGACCCAGGUCUUAGUCUGGGGGAAAGGGAAUUGAUUCUAGGCGGCAGCAUAUCUAAGGAACCCGUCUCAGAAAUUCCAUGGAAGAAAAUUCUGACCAAGGCCCCUGUCUGGGCUCUAAUCGUUUCCCAUUUCUGCCAUAACUGGGGAACAUUUAUUCUCUUGACAUGGAUGCCAACUUACUAUAACCAGGUCUUGAAAUUCAACCUCACUGAAUCCGGCUUGCUCUGCGUACUACCGUGGCUCACGAUGGCCGUGUUUGCUAAUAUAGGCGGGUGGAUUGCUGAUACCCUCAUAAGCAGAGGUCUCUCCAUCACUUCAGUCCGCAAGAUUAUGCAGUCGAUUGGGUUUCUUGGUCCCGCCUUCUUCUUAACACAACUUAGUAAAGUGAAGACACCUGCUCUAGCAGUGUUGUGCAUGGCUUGCAGUCAGGGUUCGGAUGCAUUCUCUCAAUCCGGACUCUACUCGAAUCAUCAAGAUAUUGGGCCACGCUAUGCUGGAGUUCUCUUGGGUCUGUCUAACACCGCUGGCGUACUUGCCGGUGUCUUCGGAACUGCUGCUACUGGAUACAUACUACAAAAGGGUUCUUGGGAUGAUGUGUUUAAAGUUGCCGUUGCUCUGUACUUCGUCGGCACAUUAACAUGGAACCUUUUCGCCACCGGAGAGAAAAUUCUGGAUUAGGGGGAAGAGUGUCCUGAGAAGGAGGCGUUUCUUCAUAAAUUUGGAUGGUUUUGGUCGUUGAGAUAUUGAUCUAGAUUUUGAAGAACUUUUUCUAGUUCUGAGGUAUUAUUGCUUCCUACAUUCAAUUUAAAGAUGAUUAAUUUUAUACAUUAUUCACAGAGAUAUAAUUGUAUAACCCCUUGUACCUUUACUUACACUGUUUUUUAUUAGAAGCUAUGUGGGUCUUAUAAGUCUUA